UUAAUUUUCAUUUUCUUCUUCUAUACGGAGUACUCCGUACACAUAAAUCGAAGAUAUAGUAUAAUCCUUUCCAAUACAAAUCCGGGCCAGUUUUACAUAUUCAGCUUAAGUUGUUUCAAGCGUACUCUCCACCAUUCGGCUGGUUUCAAAGCUGACCCCCGAUUUCAAAACCUUUCUACUUCAUUCUUUGAUAUGCAUUAUGCAUUCAGUCUUUACCAGGUCUAGAUAAAUUAAAAUGGUGCCUGCUUUGCAAACCGCUAUUGGUCAAACAUCAAGACAUCAAUUGUGCAUAUGAUGCAAUAGGUUCUACCAGAGGAAUGGUACGGACAUAUCUGACCAGCUGAUGGAGUUGGAUAAUACUUCAUCAUUUCCUUCGUUUGUGCUCGUUAACUCCAUCCCGAAUUUGGACCAGCCCAACAAGCGAUAAGCGCAAGCGCCAGGGCCAAGCCAGCCGGAUUCGGGCAGACUCUAGCGACAAUACCCGCAGAAACUCGCAACUACUUCGCGACCUUGAACGAUGCAGAAUCACUAAACCCUGAUGCCAAACGAGAUAACGCCCUGCGGCAUUUUUUGUAACCAUGAGCAUUUCAUAAGGAAACUUGCGAAACUAACGCAAUUUUUGUCCACUUUAUUGUCUCAAAGGGCAUGGGCUUCGGCCACCUACCAUCAUGCCUCCAGCGCCAUCUCGACGGAUGGUCCCAAAGGACCGCUUUGGCCAAUGGUUUGGCAGUUUGAAAGUUCAGAGCUAUUAUGAUCCCGCGGCACGGGGUCCAGGCUCUCAUACCAUUCGCACCCUUGCAUGGAAUCCGACAGGCAGCUUGAUCGCAACCGGCUCCGUGGAUCGCACCCUCCGCAUCUGGAACCCCGAGCGCACACAUGUAAAAUACUCGACGGAAUUACGUGGACAUUCCUCUGGUAUAGAAAAAGUUGCCUUUAACCCCGUCAAAGAAUCGGAAUUGGCAAGCUGCUCGAGUGAUGGGACGGUCCGAUUCUGGGAUGUGCGGUCCAAAACGUGUAUCAGCCGCGUUGAUGUAGGAGGCGAGGCAUUUACGAUGACAUGGGCUGCUGAUGGGAGCGUAAUACUCGUCGGUAGGAAGGAUGACACCCUAAUACCCAUUUCAGUCGAAUCUCCAUCUACUCCCACCCUCCAAAUACCUGCUGGAACCACCGCCCCGGCGAACACCUUCAAAGCCCUCGGCCCACACCCACAAGCUAUCCAAACCAACGCCACCACAUUUUCACACUCUUUUAAUACUUCCGAUCUAGACCUCUUUCUCACAACUGGCGACGGCACCGUAAAAGUCGUCUCAUAUCCGUCGUUCAACCCACUCCACACAAUCCAUGCCCACACCUCGGCAUGCCUUUCAAUUGCGCUCAGUCCGACGUCCCGCUACCUAGCCGUUGGCGGAAGCGAUGCUCUAAUAUCCCUCUGGGACACUACAGAUUGGAUCUGCAAACGCACCGUAUCAAGUGCCAACGGCGGCGCCGUGCGGGGCGUCAGCUGGAGUUGGGACGGUCGGUUUAUCGUGGGGGCUUGCGACGAACCCGGUUGUGGCGGUUCCGGGCUUGAGAUUUUCCACGCUGAAACAGGAGAAAGCGUAUGUACCAUUCCUACAGGAGGAAUGAGCUCCGCAGCCAACGGGAUGGCUGGAAUCGGAAGCGGCCCUGGAACUUCUGUGGGCGUGCCGGCUGUCGCUUGGCACCCAUCUCGAUACUGGCUUGCUUAUUCUGUCACUGCUGAUGGGAUGGGGAGCAGUAGUGGUGGUGGACUAAGGAUUGUUGGGGCUGGGAGUAGCGGACCCUUUUGACGUUCCUGGUGUCGACAGAUAGGAGACUUAGAGCAGCAUGUUAGUGGGGCGGUCAGUCCCUCAACAUGUACUCUAGUAGAACAGGAAGGAAAGAAACAGUAAAGGCAUCGGACCAGAUAAGUUGCAACUUGCGUUUGAAACGUCCUCCCCAAUCCAAAUGGACGAAUCUAAAUAGAUUUCAGUUGAAAGACCUUGUGGCCUUUGCAUCUUUGCAUGGCUUUGGAGAGAAUUUACAUUUGAAACUUCCUGUUCUGAAUUCUGAGCGUUAAAAGGUUAUUAUGACUUCACAUCGUAAAGUAAUGCCUGAGUAGACAAGCCAUCCCCCCCGAAAAAUAUCAAAGAGUCAUAGCUAAAUAAAAUUAUGAGAAAACAAUAGUCACGGAAUGCGUUUUACGAUCCUACUUUCCCAUAUGAACAAUUGGAGGAUCCAACCUGCCGUCAGUUUACAAAACCAGCAAACACGGGAACAGACGAGCUUAGGAGUUGAUAGAGAUGACCAAUUUCUCCGGAACCGACAUCGUAAUUCGUCACUUAUUUCAUUAAGGCCACUAUAGAAGUAAUAAACAAAGCCCAGCCAAAGAGAAGGCAAAAAAAAAAAAAAGAAAAAAAAGGAAAAAAAAACGAGAAUGCCGUAAAUUCCUACACCUUUCCGUCUCAAAGAGUCCUCCCAAAUCUCCAAGAUGAAAAUAUGAUUCCAAGCUCAUACUUCUUUUCCAAUUCUUGUCCUGGCAUCCAUAUAAAUUGAUAUAACAAGUGAAAGUUUGGUGUGAUAAAAAGCGAGUAGACCAUUGAAAGUCAAAUGGGUCGAAAUUAUAGGGUUAGUAUUAUACAACAGUUGUCAGCAGAAAGGGGCAGUGUCUGUUCUUCUUUCAAAAAUAAAAAAAAUAAAGAAGAGGAUUUGGAAGUAAAUGGAAGCGAAAAAAACACAAAAUGGUCAAGAUGCUCCAGUGAAUUGGCUACUGAAAAUUCUCCCAUGCGAGUGUAUCUACGCCGCCUGGCCAGGUGAUAUUGUCGAGGUUUGGUAUUUGGUCAACGAGCCCUGCUGAAGUAGUUGUUGAGGA